AUGCAGAUCAUUCAUCGAAUUGGUCUCGUCGCUCUGACUAGCAUCUUUUUCCAGGCGACUGCGCUGGCUGUUCCCUAUCAUACACUUCACAAGCGGGCAACCAACAUCCCAGCUAUCACUGCCAGUGGUGAGGACCUUCAAACCUGGUGGCACACUACUGGAGUUAUCAACACCAAUUCUCCAGUAGCUGAUGAAAGUGUGCGCCAGUCGCAUAAAUACUCGGUUCAAGUUUCCACUGACGACGAUGGGACGUUCUAUGACUCUUUUGUCUACGAGACCAUCCCCCGGAGUGGAAAAGGAAAGCUUUGCUAUCCUGAUAAGCCGGACAUCUGCAACGAUGACGACCAGAUCGCGGUUGAAGCAGAUAUUGGUGUGACCAUGGGCUGGACCCAGUUUCUGUACGCAAGUGACGUCGUCGUCAAAGUGACCCGGUUAGAUGGGAAGGCAGUGUCACCCGACGACGUUACUAUCCGCCCAACCAAUCGCAAGUUUACGGUCACGACCUCUGAAAAUGCUGCCUUGAUCAGGGUGCCCUACACCCCUGAGACGAACGGUGUCCGAUUUUCCGUGGAGUUCGCUGACGAUAUCAUCGAGUAUCGGACGCGGGAACUUGCCUCCCAGUCCCACUACGUUCAGGACGUGAACAAUGCUGCGCCGAACUAUGUUGACACUUAUACUGAUACAAUGCCAAUCGUGGGACGAGAGCCACUCAACGCGCUUCUAAUUUUUGCCAGUCCGUUUCCGAGCAAUGACAUGGUCCCAUCCAAGAAGGACGACAUUUAUGAGGUCAAGCCAGGGCUGGUAGAGAGCCUAGAGAAUGUCGACAAGUCCAUCGUCUCUUUCGGUCCCGGGGUUUACUGGUUCACCGGUAAAAACAGAGCAGUGCUGAGCUCCUCGGUGUCAUGGGUCUACUUGGCACCUGGCUCUUAUGUGAAAGGAGCUAUUGAAUACAACAACAGUCAAUCCCCCCUCAAGGCAACUGGAUUCGGCGUCCUGUCGGGCGAACAGUACGUCUACCAGGCCAAUACAGCCGAUGGUUAUCGUAACUCGAAGUCGGACCAGACAUCUCUCAAGAUGUGGCGAGGAAACGGCGUCUCAUCGGGACAGACUUGGACCAUGAAUGGGAUCACCACCAACGCAGCCCCGUUCAAUGUCAUGGACUUCUACGGCGAUAACGACAGCACGCCUCCAAAUGGCUUCAGCGUCGAUGUUUCCGAUUACAAGCAGGUUGGUAGCUUCUAUGGCCAGACGGAUGGUCUCCAAAUGUACACCAAUGGCCACCUGCGCGAUGUCUUUUACCAUACGGGUGAUGAUGGUAUCAAAGCCUAUUACUCCGGUGUUCUGGCUGAACGGGUGAUUGUUUGGAAGACCAACAAUGCGCCGAUCAUCCAGUUGGGCUGGUAUCCCCGAGCUCUCAAAAACAUCCACAUCGAUCACUUGGACAUUAUCCAUAGUCGAUACUACUCGUUCCUCGGGUAUGCCCCGCGCGCAAUUAUUGGGUCCUCUUCUAGCUAUGUCAAUACAGAUGCCACCAACACGGCAGAUGUGACCACCACGAUCUCAAAUUUCACCGUGUCAAAUAUCCGCUCCGAGGGCAUCUCACCUGGAUUGAUCAGUCUUAACAUGUUGUCCAAUAUUGAGAAUUUCAAGAUCGAAAAUGCGUGGAUCGAGGAGUUCUCACCAGUUCCACAGCUUGGUACCAGCGCCAUCGUUGGUUUCACCGAUGCCAACCAUGACAACCAAAAGGUGGCACUCGGAAGCUCGUCCGAUGGUGCUAGUAUGGGGCUCACAAUCAGUGGUUAUAAAGUUGGAAAUACCGCUAUCAGCUUCGAAGCAGGUAACUGGGAUGCCACCCAGGCAGGUCGUCUCGACGUCGACCAAGCUUAUUCUGGCAAGUGGACUGUGCAGUAG